CACCUCUGGUAAUCAUGGCGACAGCCGGAACGAAACUGAUUUCGCGAACUUACAAAUUUUGCAGUAUUUUUAUAAUUAGACGUUGUAUAUCAUCCAAAACUCAUAUCCCACGAUUCAAAAGCAAUGUGAAAUUAAAAGAACCAUUUUACAACAUUACAAAACUAACUGGAACAAAAUUUUCGGCCCCAAAAGCCCUUUUGACCGGCACGACUUUGGGAUUAGGCUGCUAUUUAUUACGCAAUAGUGUACUUUUCGCAUUUAGUUCAGAUGAUGGUCGUGGCAGUGACAAUUCUGAUAGACUUCUGAUAGCAGUGAAAAAUGGUGACAACUACUCUAUAAGAAGUAUCAUUAACAGUGGAGUUGAUAUUAACAAGCGGCAUUUACUUGGCUGGACAGCUCUCCAUGUGGCGGCUAUAAACGGAAAUGUCAAUGCUAUAAAACAAUUAUUAGAGGCUGGUGCAGAUCCUAAUAUUGGAGAUGAAUUCAGCACUAUCAACCAAGUGUCCAGAGAAAAAGAGAUACACCCGAUUCAUGUGCACAGAUCAAGAGAAGAACAGUUUAGUUCAAGAUUACGAGCCAAUGCUAACUGCAAGGGCUGUACAGCACUACAUUAUGCUGCUCUCAUUGAUAAUGGAGAAAUUAUCAAACUCUUGCUUGAUGCAGGAGCAGACCCAACAAUCGAGAAUGUGAAUGGACAUAAACCAGAAAUGUAUGCAAAGAAUCCAGAGAUUAAACAGUUACUAGUCAACAGUGAGAAAAAUUAUAAGGCUGAGCAGGAGAAACUAGCAGCUGAGGAGAGAAGAAGAUAUCCAUUAGAACAGAGGUUAAAGGAGCACAUAAUUGGUCAGGAGGGAGCAAUAAAUAUGGUCGCCUCAGCUAUACGUCGUAAAGAGAAUGGUUGGUAUGACGAGGACCACCCACUUGUCUUCUUGUUCCUUGGAUCUUCUGGUAUAGGAAAGACAGAGCUGGCUAAACAAGUUGCUAGGUACUUACACAAAGAUUUAAAAAAGGGAUUUAUUCGACUUGAUAUGUCAGAAUACCAAGAAAAACAUGAGGUUUCAAAAUUUAUUGGAUCACCACCAGGUUAUGUGGGACAUGAGGAAGGAGGACAACUUACAAAACUGUUAAAGGAAAACCCAAAAGCUGUUGUCCUGUUUGAUGAAGUGGACAAGGCACAUACUGACGUACUUACCAUCAUGUUACAACUCUUUGAUGAGGGUCGGCUGACAGAUGGUAAAGGAAAGACUAUAGAAUGUAAAGAUGCCAUCUUCAUUAUGACAUCAAACCUGGCAUCAGAUGAGAUUGCGGCACAUGGACUUGAACUGAGGAAAGAAGCUGAACUGGUUUCUAAACAGAGAAAAGCAGGCAAACUUGAUGACUUGAAUAGUGAGGAAACUAUCACUGUUUCUCGAGGUUUCAAGGAUUUUGUUGUACGACCAAUUUUAAAGAGACAUUUUAGAAGAGAUGAGUUCCUUGGAAGAAUCAAUGAGUUUGUGUAUUUCUUGCCUUUCUCAAGAUCAGAACUGAGCAAGCUGGUCAUUAAAGAACUCAAGUUCUGGGCUGACAGGGCACAGAAGAAACACAAGAUGGAGUUGAUCUGGGACCACCAGGUUGUUGAUGCUCUCGCAGAUGGUUAUGAUGUUCAUUAUGGGGCCAGAUCUCUAAAAUAUGAGGUUGAGAGACGAGUUGUAAGUCAGUUAGCUAUGGCACAUGAGCGACAGCUGAUUGAACCUGGAAGUUGUGUUAAACUGACAGUCGCCGAGACUAGAGCCGUCAGUGGAUCGUCAAAAACUGAUGAUGAUGAUGCCAGAAGGAAGGAGACCAUCACACCUAUUAAACUACAGCUAGUGAAGAAAGGAACAUUCCGUGAUUCAUUUAUAGAUAUUGACCUAUCCAAGAAAGAUAACCCAUUCACGCCUGAAUCUUAAGUUUACACAUUGGUUAAUGCUGAUAGAUUGAUUUUAGUGAAAUUUAGCAUUUCUAGCAUAUACAGCUGGGAGUUGUUUUGAUGGAUCCAUGAAAUGAGUACUCUGUUUCAUAUUUGUCAAAUUUUUUUUGGCAAGUAUUUGUACAUUGCAAAUUGUACUUUCUUCAUUUUAAGGAGCAAAGGCAAUUAUUUAUGUUUCUUUUAAGUGGGAUUUUUAUUAACUCUUUCUGCUUGUUAAACAAACAUUUAGUUAGCAAAUAUUGUGAACAAAUUUCAUUGAGGAAAAGCAACCACGAUUGCCAUAGAGUGCUUUUGUUUUUAACUUGAAAGAAAUAAUUGCUGCUUCAGUCGAGCCUGUCCAGUUAGCUCAGUAGAUAGAGCACAAGAAUGAAUCAAUAGGUCGCAAGUUUGAACCUAGUCAAAGCAUAUAUCCUCCUGUACAGUUUGAUGGAAGACAAUGGUGGGGAAAUCAUUUCCCCUCCAACCUUUAAGUUAUAUGGAGAAGUUGCCAUUUACUUGCAGGCAACAAAUCAGUACGGAAACAAAUCACGCAACAUUGUGUUUGGUUAACUGACUGCUUAAACCAAAUGAAAAGCCUAUUCUAUAUGCAAGACCUUGAAUAAUGUUGUUAUAUAUGUUAUCAUAAACCUGUCUUUAAGAAAUCACAACUAACUUUUUCUUUUUUUUGUAAACAUAUAGAAGCUUGUUUUUAGAUGUGCAUGAAACCAAAUGAACAAUAUUAUGCAAUUAAUGCUAUGAACUUUGUGGUUAAGGAAAACACUGAUAAGCAGAUACUAAACAUUGUUGAAUCAUUGCAAUGUCCAAAAGAGAGACAUUUAAUUAGCACACUGUUUCUCUAAACAUCAGUUAGCACAUAGUUCCUCUACACACAAGUUAAGAAGUGGUUGGUGGGAAAUAGGUCUGUGUCUCCAAGGUCAAGGUCACAGACAAGGUCAUAAAAGCUCUUCUAAAAGAGUCAUCUUAGAAAGUAGUAGUGGAAUGUGCUUGGUCAUAAUUUUUGUUUGCUUGUAUUAAGUUUGCAAUAAAUACAAAACAGA